GGUGAGAGAUUGUCGUAAGUUGGAUGUAUUUAAUAAGUUAGGUGGUUGCGUUUGUGCGAUCAGAAGCUUUACGGGAAAAAUAUAUUACUAUGCUUAUGGCCUUUGUUGUGCAGGUUUGUUCGAUUUUAAACUUUUCGUUGGCAAGUGUUGUCUCAUUCGCUCGUUCGUCAUAUCUGACGUUUUUCAAUGACAAUUGCCUGCUAAAGAAGAAGAUUAAACAUUUACGCAUUGAUUGGGAGAAAUUUACAGCUAAUUUUGCUUUUUACAAAAUAUAAGUUUUUUUGUGCUGACUCAACCAAGUGAGAAUUAAGUAAAAAAAUACUGAACUUAAUUUAUUCUUGAGCUGCCUUUCUUCAAAAUGGAUUUUGGUGAUGAUUUUGCACCCAAAGAAGAGGUUGAUCCAGCCGCAGAGUUCUUAGCACGUGAACAAUCAGUGCUCGGUGAUCUUGAAUCCGAAAUAGUACCACCUGCAAGCACUGUUGCAAGCGGACCGCCCAGCACCGAUGGCAAUGGUCUUCUUGGUGGCGAUGAUCUUGCAGCCAAUGUGGUGGGUGGUGGACUCGGCUCAUCCACUGGUAGCUUUGAAAUGAUAGGUGGCGAAUCGAAUGAACCCGUCGGUAUUUCAGGGCCACCACCCUCACGUAUUGAACCAGAGAAAAUAAGAAAAUGGCGUGAAGAACAAAAACAACGACUUGAAGAGAAGGAUCGCGAAGAAGAACGCAAGAAAGAAGAGUUGCGUCAACAAGCUAAACAAGAAUUAGAUGAUUGGUUGCGCCAAACUGAAGAAUCAAUUGCUAAAACAAAAGCUGCAUCACGUAAUGCGGAAAAACAAGCAGCAGCGCUAGAAAAUGGUGGUCCACUGGAACCGGGCACCGAAUGGGAACGCAUUGCAAAAUUGUGCGAAUUCAAUCCAAAAGUGAACAAAUCAGGCAAGGAUGUAUCGCGUAUGCGUUCCAUAUACUUGCAUUUAAAGCAGAAUCCCAUCCCACUAAAAACCGCUUAGUUAUUACAAGUAAAACCGAAAAAAAGCCUUAGUGCACUAAAAUAUUCACACAUAUAAACGAGUUCAUUAAUAGUAUUUCGGUCUAAGAUUUACAAUACAUUUGUGCUGAUUCUUAUUUUGUUUUUUUUUUUGUGCAAAUUGGAUUCACAAAGGCAGUUAGUGAAUAAGUUGUUUACUUACUAAGCAAAUUCCAUUUGAAAAAGUAUUGAUUAUAUUACAUUGGUUUAUACAUAUGCAUAUAUUAAUAGAAAUUUCGCAAUAUGUACUGUAAAUUUAAAGGAAAUGAAUUUAUUGAAAUUUACAACAAAUAUAAUUGCAAACUUUAAAGGCCCAAAAUA